GGUAUUAAUAAAUUAUAUUGAUUUUUAUUUAAUAAAAUGAACCAAACUAGAAGACAAUUGGAUGAGAGCAUCACCCAGAAGACAAUAAACUCCUUGUUCUAUUAUCAUAUGAUGCUCUUUCUUUCCUGUCCUCUAUUCUAUUGCAUUGGAAGAUACGAGUUAUCUCUUGCCAUUCUUCCUCUCUUCUGGUUUUAUUAUAAAACAUGAAUAAGUUAUUUCCAGAAAUAUCAUAAGGCGAAGUAUGGAGCUCCAACUACAGAUCCAGGGACAGACGUCAUGAACAUUGUUGUGUCAGAUAAGACAAAAGAAAUGCUAGUUCAGUAUUUGACGACGCUAGGAUUGAGUAUCUUCGCAGCAGUUGGAUUGUACCUCCAGUCUGGAAAUAUGUACCAAUUGGGGCUAUUCAUGAUCUCCCUCUCUGUAUAUCAUCUGCUUGAAUACUUAUUUGUGUUACUACAUCACUUCAAGGAUAUUAAGUUUGAUUCGUUCCUUAUAAAUCAAGGGAAGCACUACACUUUUGCAAUGACCUUUAGUUUUUGUGAGUAUUUUUAUGAAUAUAUGUUUUAUCCUGGUUUGAAGGACAAUUCAGCUACCUUCUUAUUUGUCAUAAUUGGCGGAAUCUUAGCAAUAAUCGGCCAUUUCUUCAGAGCAAGUGCGGAAUUUACUGCCAAGAGUAACUUCACACACCAUAUUUCAUACAGGAAAAAGCAGACCCACGAGUUGAUAACUCAUGGAGUGUAUUCUUUCUCUCGGCAUCCUGGAUAUUUUGGAUGGUUCCUUUGGUCAGUUAGCACUCAGAUUAUGAUCACCAAUCCAGUCUGAAUAGUUGGCUUCUAUUUCGCUUCCUAUUACUUCUUUAAAGACAGGAUUACCGAGGAAGAAGACCUUCUCAAGGAAUUUUUCGGGUACGAUUACAUUCGUUACCAAGAGAGGGUUCCCACACGAAUGCCAUUUAUUGAUUAAUUCAAUGAUCUUUAAAAAUC